AUGCAUUUUUUAGCGGAGUUGCCACAUCGACAGAACGAUAAGUUUUCGAAUGCCGCCUAUCCGUAUGUACCGGAAAGCGGAAACAACUUGCAUCCGGAGGACCGGUUUCCGGAUUUCGGGCGCAGAUGCUCGGAACGUCUGGAAACCGCGUUGGAUGACAUUCGUAGAAGACAGGUCUUCAAGCAGAAGACUCUAGAUUUGAACGGUUACACAUUGCACCAGCAACUGCGUAACGCUCCGUACGACAUGUACGUCACGAAUAUGCGGGUUCGACUGCCGUCGUCGAACAGUUGGGUGCGCGUCGACAGGUGCCGCUACAACCCGAGAAAUUCCAGCCUGGAAACCAGGCUGCUCUUCAACGAUCUCACCAUCAGCGGGAAGGUGAAUUUGUUCGAUGAAGAUGAGGUCCAGAGAUCUCCGCUUGAAGCGAAUCCAGACGACGCCUGCAAUAUGAUACUCAGGCUCAGAAAAGCAGGCAUAAGGUUUCACACGGAGCCAAUCAGGAGGGAAAGAGGCCAAUUCAACGUCAGAACAGACUCGCAUUUUUUGGAGCCUGGGUUUAUAAGCGUGUACGCGUAUGGUUGCGAGCCCAGGCUACGGCAAUACAAAAGGGAGAUCAGUGGAGAAAUCGGGUCUUGCCAAAUUUGA